CCUUCUUGGCACAAAACUAUUAGACGUACCUUAGAAAACAAAAACCAUGGUGUCACCAAUCUCACACUUGCCACUUUAUUUGGUCCUCCUAUUAUCAGUUUCAUUAGCUAAUUCAGCUUCACUUCAAGAAAGUUUUAUCCAAUGUCUCUACUAUAAUUCAGACAGAACAUUUCAAUUUCGUUCAUCAGUUUACGCUCCAACAAACCCUUCAUUCACUACCAUCCUUGACUCCUCAGCACAGAACCUAAGGCUUUUGGUGCCUUCAGCACCAAAACCCGAGUUCAUAUUCACACCCUUUCGUGAUUCCCAUGUCCAAGCAGCAGUGAUAUGCUCCAAGAAACUUGGGAUUCACCUUAGAGUGCGAAGUGGUGGCCAUGACUAUGAAGGGAUCUCAUACGUUUCCGAAAUUGAGAGCCCCUUCAUAGUUGUUGACUUGGUCAAGCUCCGUGGCAUCAAUGUUGAUAUCCAAAGCAACACUGCUUGGGUUCAGGCUGGUGCCACAACUGGUGAAGUGUACUACAGAAUAUAUGAGAAGAGUUCAGUUCAUGGUUACCCUGCAGGCCUUUGCACAAGCUUAGGCAUUGGAGGGCACAUCACAGGAGGAGCCUAUGGAACCAUGAUGAGAAAGUAUGGUCUUGCUGCUGAUAAUGUCCUAGAUGCUAAAAUUGUGGAUGCCAAUGGAAGGAUUCUUGAUAGGGAAGCCAUGGGGGAGGACUUGUUUUGGGCCAUAAGAGGAGGUGGAGGUGGUAGCUUUGGUAUCCUUCUUUGGUGGAAGAUAAAGCUUGUUCCUGUGCCACCAACUGUGACAGUUUUUACAGUUACCAAGAGCCUUGAGCAAGGUGCAACCAAGAUUCUUCAAAGGUGGCAGGAAGUGGCACCCUUUAUUGAUGACAACCUCUUCAUCAGAGUCAUCAUUCAACCAUCCAGUGCUGGAAACAAGACUCAGAGAACCAUCACAACUUCUUACAAUGCUCUCUUCCUUGGUGGGGCCAGAACACUCCUCCAAGUCAUGAAGACAAGCUUCCCUGAGUUGGGUUUGACAAGAAAAGAUUGCUUGGAAACUAGCUGGAUCAACUCUGUGCUCUAUAUUGCAGGCUUUCCUAGCGGCACCCCCGCAGAGGUUCUGCUCAAAGGAAAAUCAACAUUCAAGAACUUCUUCAAGGCCAAAUCAGAUUUUGUGAGGGAGCCAAUACCAGAAAUUGGGCUUGAGGGGUUGUGGCAAAGGUUGCUCGUUGAAGACUCCCCCUUGAUAGUUUUUAACCCGUAUGGUGGAAGGAUGAGCCAAUUCGCAGAAUCUGAUACCCCAUUCCCUCAUAGAAAUGGAACACUCUAUAAAAUUCAGUACUUAUCUCUAUGGCAAGAGGGAGACAAGAAUGCUGAAAAGCACAUAGAUUGGAUUAGGAAGCUUUACAAUUACAUGGGUCCUUAUGUGUCUAGCUUGCCAAGGGAAGCAUAUGUGAAUUACCGGGAUCUUGAUUUGGGAAUAAACACCAAAAACAGCACAAGCUACAUAGAGGCAAGUUCUUGGGGUUAUAGAUAUUUCAAGAACAACUAUGACAGGUUGGUAAAGAUAAAGACCAAAGUGGAUCCUCAAAACGUGUUCAGGCAUGAGCAGAGUAUCCCACCACUUCCACUCUGAGUGCACAAGGCAAUAAAUGGGAAAUAAGGCACUGUGAUGCUACAAUCAUUAAUUAGACUUGUAUCUAUAAAUUUGUGAGAGUUAAUAUGGAUACAAUUAGAUUAUUAGUUGAGUUGUUUUUGGUCAAUUUAAUGUUGUGAGAUACAGAUUAUACACCUAAUUGUUUGCUGUUUCUGUGAUUUGUGUACUUCACUAAAUUAUGUACGAGUGACUGAAGUGUUGUUUCUCAAGCAAAAACUUUGCUAUCACUAUUGGUCUU